GCCCACCGCACCGCUCUCUCGCCUGGCGUAGGGCUGGGCGGUGGGAGAGUGGGUGAGAGUGAGGAACAUGAAUGCAGAAAGGGCUUUACGCUUUAGCUAGUGGGGUGGCUUCCUUUUUUUUCUGGCACAUUAAUUGAUUUUGGAUUUAUUCAAUCAACAUUUUAAAUAUAGUCACUGUAGAGAUGAUUUAAAUUGUGGUAACUUCAUUGCAGAAUCUCCCAGGCAAAUGCGGGGAGAUAUAUUUCUUUGGGUCCGAAGAAUAAAUGAACAAAUCAUGAAGAUAUUAAAUUAUAAAUAAUUUUUGAAAGAAUAGAUGUUUGCAUGGAUGUGGAUACAACAGAAAACUAGAAUUAAAGUUUAUUUUCCUAGAAAGUGCUCCCUAGAUGAGUUUUUGAAACUGGUCACAGAGGUUUGAAGUGGACUCCAAAAGGAACUUGAGAAAGCGAAUACCAAGGGAUAUACUGGUGAGAGUGAGCCAGUUUUGUGUCUAAGCCAGAAUUUUUGAGGAUGGCAGCUAGGGUUUGUGUCAGGAUCGAAUGACUGCACUUUGUUUCAGGGCUAUACUUUGUAUAUGGUGUACCAGGCUAAAGGUUUAGUUCUUUCUUGGGGAUAAUUUUUGUUUUUAAUAAAAGUCUUAUGAACAGUAAAAUCACAAGAAAGGAGAAAGAAAACUUAGAAUCUCAGUACUUUGAUAAAUCAACUGUCAACUGUUAACUUGGCUUCCUUUCUGAAGCUACCAUACGUCUACAUAGGACCUUGAGAUCAUCCCAUGAAUAUCAUAUAGAGCCUGUGACUUAAAAAUCCUUCCCACAACCACAAGCUAAAAUGGGAGAAAACAAACUACCUCACCUUUUCAACCAAGAGGGAGGAGCAAAAAUCAGUGAACUUUUACAGAAGAACCUGCCAGCCUGUGAUGAUCCUACCAAAGAGAAACCUCAGAUAUUUUUCUCUUUCAUCGAAAUCCAAACCAGUUUCUAUGAAGUCUCUUGAGAAUAAAAGACCAUGCCUUGAAUUCUCUCAGCUAAGUGUAAAGGAUUCCUUCAGAGAUUUAUUUAUUCCAAAAAUAGAGACCAUUCUGAUGAUGUAUACAAGGAACAACCUAAACUGUGCUGAGCCACUGUUUGAACGCAAUAACUCACUUAAUGUUAAUUUCAACACACAAAAGAAAACAGUCUGGCUUAUUCAUGGAUACAGACUAGUAGGCUCCGUCCCAUCAUGGCUUCAGAACUUUCUAAGGAUUUUGCUGAAUGAAGAAGACAUGAAUGUAAUUGUAGUAGACUGGAGCCGGGGUGCUACAACUUUUAUUUAUAAUAGAGCAGUUAAAAACACCAGAAAAGUUGCUGUGAGUUUGAGUGUGCACAUUAAAAAUCUUUUGAAACAUGGUGCAUCUCUUGACAAUUUUCAUUUCAUAGGUGUGAGCUUAGGGGCUCAUAUCAGUGGAUUUGUUGGAAAGAUAUUUCAUGGUCAACUUGGAAGAAUAACAGGUCUUGACCCUGCUGGGCCAAGGUUCUCCAGAAAACCACCAUAUAGCAGAUUAGAUUACACAGAUGCAAAGUUCGUGGAUGUCAUCCAUUCUGACUCCAAUGGUUUAGGCAUUCAAGAGCCCUUGGGACAUAUAGAUUUUUAUCCAAAUGGAGGAAAUAAACAACCUGGCUGUCCUAAAUCAAUUUUCUCAGGAAUGAAAUUCAUUAAAUGCAACCACCAGAGAGCAGUUCACUUGUUCAUGGCAUCUUUAGAAACAAACUGCAAUUUUAUUUCAUUUCCUUGUCCUUCAUACAAAGAUUACACGGCUAGCUUAUGUAUGGACUGUGACUGUUUUAAGGAAAAAUCAUGUCCUCAGCUAGGUUAUCAAGCCAACCUAUUUAAAGACGUUUUAAAAGAAAGGAUGGAAGGAAGACCUCUUAGGACCACUGUGUUUUUGGAUACAAGUGGCACAUAUCCAUUCUGCACCUAUUAUUUUGUUCUCAGUAUAAUUGUUCCAGAUAAAACUAUGAUGGAUGGCUCGUUUUCAUUUAAAUUAUUAAACCAGCUUGGAAUGAUUGAAGAGCCAAGGCUUUAUGAAAAGAACAAACCAUUUUAUAAACUUCAAGAAAUCAAGAUUCUUGCUCAAUUUUACAAUGACUUUGUAAAUAUUUCAAGCAUUGGUUUGACAUAUUUCCAGAGCUCAAAUCUGCAGUGUUCCACAUGCACAUACAAGAUCCAGAGUCUCAUGUUAAAAUCACUUACAUAUCCAGAAAGACCACCACUUUGCAGGUAUAAUAUUGUACUUAAAGAAAGAGAGGAAGUGUUUCUUAAUCCAAACACAUGUACACCAAAGAACACAUAAGAUGCCUUCUUCCAUCAAAUGCACUUGCUUGUGAAUUAAUGGACUUGUAAAUGAAACAAUGCAAUCAGUCUUUCUUUUAUAAUGCACUGUUCAAUUUGAGAUUCAGAUAUUUCUAUUUCUUGAAAAAAAUUUUAAGAAUCAAAAAUAAAGAAAAUAAAAAAUGCAUAGUUAAACAUUCCAAAU